CUCACCAUCAGAUCAGACUGUCAGGCAUCAGUAGUUGUCAAAAAUAUAUAGGCGAAAGAAGUGUUUGUAUUUCUAAAAAUGUUGACCGAGUUAUGUAUUCUUUUUUUUGAUUAGUUAAGGUGAAAGAAUGAUUAGUAUUUGUUAUAUGAUACAAAUGAAUAUUACGUUUAUAAAUAUUAUAUACACGAACGUUGUUAUCGGUAGAACAUACCUAAUAUAAAAAUUAUAAUUGGGUAGGGAAAAUUAAAAGUAUCAAAUAAAUAAAAGUUUCAUCCAACAUGAAACACUUGGCAGCUUGGUAUCAAAAGAAAAUUAGUUCAUAUGACAAAGAAGAAUGGGAGACAAUGGUGGAACAGCUGUUGAUGCGAGGCACAUAUCGUCGCCGUAUAGUUGAUUUUUCAUCACAUGCAAGAUCUUACCUAAUAGAUGUGGACUUAGUCCGAGGUUCAUCGUUCCCUAAAGCAAAGCCAACUCUUGGUAUGCGAAGAGUAGUAUGGUUUGCAUUAGUGCGCCUUGUAUUCCUACCAGCAUUGUAUCAGUGGUGGGCGCAACAAACUUCCCCAGCUUGCGCCAAGUUCCUACUGGCUGUAUGGAUGCUGCAAGUUAUUAAUAUAUCUAUAAUGUUCAUCGCUCCUGCCUCUAUUGAAAUUGAUUCAAACUGUUGGAUUGUACCAGUGGGCCUAAUGCUUGUACUGAGUAUAGUACAUUCGCAAAUAGUGAGCACAACUGAGAUGGAACUAGCCAGAGUGCGACCUAGGUCGACAUAUAGAAGAAAAUUGCCGAGGUAUUUCAGGAAAGCUAGGUCGGAUUGUGAUGGUGGCAGCGGUGGUUGUUCCGCUGAAAGUGGAGCAACAUCGAGCCAAAGCAAAAGUACUUUUACUAAGCCAUCGAAAUUUAGACGGCGACUCUCUCGCUCUGACUCCACAGACACAGGUCUCAGAAAGCGUAAAAAAGAUUUAAUUAAUGAUACAGGACCAGACUUAAAAUCUAAACUUAAAGCCAAAACUAUACCCAAAACCAAAGUUAAAGACUCCGACGACGAAGACUAUAUGUCUUGGAAAAAGCCUGAUGCGACCGCUCCUAUAGUAACAUUCACCCCACCCCCAGAAGACGCGACACCGAGCUCCUCAUUUCGCUACAAACCUAAUAUAUUAACAAAGAAAUACUUGGAGAUAUUUAACGUAAGACAAAGCGACAAUAACAAACCAAUAUUCGCUGAUGGUGACGAUGGAUUUGAAAGUCUCAAUGGAUAUAAUUCGAACUGUAGCGAUGGAGAGACUCGUAACAAAGACGUAGCUUCUCAGAGCAAGCCGAGUACUGUCAAAGCAAAGAUGAGUAGCGAAAGUGAACAGGCCAAAGUUCAACCACCUUCGAAAGUAUUUAUCGAUGAUAGUAAAGAUACCGCCGAAGAAAAGGUUCAAUGUGAAGGUGUAAGUACGUCUAUGAAAGAAAACAAACAAGAAGAGAAGUCAUUCGAUCCGGACUCUGAUAGCGCAGUAACAGCGACACAUCCCACGGUCAAAAGGACUGGAGUAAGGUUUCGAAAUUCCUGGGCCAAAGACGCGGCUCCACCCGAAACGAGCGAUGAAGAUUUCACAACUGUCAAACGUAAACAAAAGAAAUUAGAGAACUACCAGAGUUCGACAUCCGAUGGUGAAUGUUCAGCUUCCGCGCCAUCAAUCGCAUUACCUUCGCACCAUACCAUGUCAGACUGGGUGGGCCAAAUCACUAACAGUGAGGAGAGCAGCUACGAAUCGCAAUCAGAAGCUGGACACUCGGAUGUGGGUUUCCACUACACGGGCGACAGUUCGUGGGACCCGUUUGCCAUUUUGGAUCCUUCGAGUGACACAGUGAAGUGCACGAUGUGGGAGCGCGGGUCCACGCUGCGCGCCGAGCUGUCGGCCGUGGACAUCAGCUGGUGCGUGGUGGCGCGCGCCGAGCGGGCCAUGGCGGCCGAGGGCUGCGCGUGGGCCGGCCUGCUGCUGGCCGCGCUCGUCGCGCUCGUGGCGCCCGCCGCGCGCCUGCUGCAGGUGGCUAUAGAACAAGACAAUAGGAGCGAAGAGGAACUGCAAACAUUGUCUCUCAUAAGCUACAUACCGUCACUCGUUGUGAACUACACGCAGGGCUCUGUGUAUUGCACGCUCAACGCCGCAUUUGGUAACAACAUUUGGGAAGUCACAUCAAACAUUCUAUCUAGCAUUCUACGAUUCACAUUAAGCGGUCUCGUGUUUUUUCUCCUUGCUGUGGCAGAACGUGCGUACAAACAGAGGUUCCUGUAUGCGAAACUGUUCUCGCAUCUGACGUCAGCGAGGAGGGCGCGGAAAUCGGAAUUGCCGCAUUUCAGACUUAACACAGUCAGGAAUAUCAAGACGUGGCUGUCAACCAGAUCAUAUUUACGAAGACGAGGGCCUCAGCGAUCUGUAGAUGUAAUCGUGUCAGCUGCAUUUAUGCUUACCCUUACUUUACUAGCUUGUGUGAGUGCUCAACUACUGCGGGAUUCUGUAACCCUUGAAAGAGGCUGGCUGCUCGAGGCUAUGGUUUGGAGUUGUUGCCUUGGUAUUUAUCUAUUACGUCUGCUGACUUUGGGCAGCAAUGUAAAUCGUAAAUAUCGUGGAUGUCUCUCCGCUAUACUGACUGAGCAAAUAAACCUACAUUUAGCGAUCGAACAGCGACCCGAGAGCAAGGAACAACUCAUAGUUGCCAAUAAUGUGCUCAAACUAGCUGCGGACUUGCUGAAGGAGCUGGAUUCACCUUUUAAAAUAUCUGGUAUAUGUGCCAAUCAUUAUCUGUAUACGAUCACUAAGGUCGUCAUAUUAUCAGCACUUUCUGGAGUACUCUCGGAAAUGUUAGGAUUUAAAUUGAAACUUCACAAAAUUAAAAUAAAAUAAACUUUAGAUAUAAGGUGACCAUUUAGGAAUGGCCUUUUUUAAUCUGAUAUAAUUAUGUACAAAUUACAUAAAAUGAGAUAAUGUUUUAUCUACAUUCAUGAAUACUUUACUUCCUUGUAGGCAAAGCCCACCUACUAAAGACGCUUCUUUCAAAUUUGUUAAGACGCCUAUAUGUCGAUUUAGUUAUAAGUGUCACAAAAGACAAUAGGAAAUAGGUUAAGAAAAUAAUUAUUGACGGUAGUUUCAAUAUUGAUGUAAAAAUCAUUCUAAUAAUUGUCAAUAAUGUUGUUUUUUUUUUUUUAAUUUACUCGAAUAUUAAGUAGGGGUGAAUUAAAAAUCUGAAUUUAUAUCAUGACUUACAAAGGACAUUAUUUCAAUUAGCUCUAGAUAUUUUUUGUUAGAUCUCAAAAUUUAGUGAUGUUCAUAUUAAUUAUUUAAUCAAACUUUCAUUUAUUUUAGUUUAAAACUGCAAUCAAAAUCCUUACAAAAAUGGAUUUAAAAAUAUAAUUGACAGAAACAAAAUAUUUCUUAAAACAACGAUAUAUAAUAUAAUUAGUGAUUAAAAGUGAUUAUCUAAGAAAAUUACACUAAAAAAUGACUUGCAUAAUAUUCUACAGUGGCAACAAGUGGCGUCCUAAUUUCUUGCCAUUAUAUUAUCUGUUCUAAUCAAAUAAUUUGUAUUUUUUUAUAUUAAAUAAUGAUCUAAUUGAAAAUAUAUAUAAAAUAAUACAGUAGUAUUAGAUAUUAUAUUUUAUCAGACUGUUUAUACUUUAAAAUAAAUUUAUAUAUACUUGUUAUAUAGACGGGAUGGAAUUAAGGAAAACUCGUCAGGUAAUUAAGACAUUUUGGUCUGUAACAUUUUAAAUGUUUAUUUUGAUCUCAAAUAAUUUAAAGAAUAGUCAAAUAUCAAGAACGCAAUGCUAUUAUGUACUAAAUGAGUUCUGUAUUUUUUAUUGUUUUACUUUAAACAUACAUAUGUAUACACCCUCCUUAAUUUUGAUAAUGCAGUAAAGACCUUUACAAAUAUCUGAAGAAUUUUAGGAAAAUAUACAUAAGAACUUAAGUUUCUUGUUUAGUACGUUGUGAUAUUAUUUUUAAAUAAAAACAUUAAAGUCAUAGAUAAAAGUUAGAAUAUAUCCUAACGUUCCUAUAACAAACUCAGUUUUAUCAUAUUUCAUCUACUCAAGCAACAAACGCUAAAGCUAACUGAUAACUUAUUUUUUAAUAAAAAUAGUCAAUUAUAUUUUUAGUAGAAUUUUAUUUGAAAAACGUGUCCAAUUUUUUAUGUGUAAAGUACAAUAUGCGUCAUCCAAUUUAAUUUACUUUUUGAAAGAAUUGCACUGAUACAUAAAAACAUAUGACUAUAGGCUUUAGGCUGUAUAAUAUACAUCCGAUUUCAAUUUCACGCCGAUUUCAAAUGGUAUGUAUUGCUUGUACAAUAAUUGGACUAUAAAAACAGAAAAUAAAAAAAAAACUACAAACAAUUCGACUAUAAAAACGUCGUGUAUUUUCGUUUACUAGUAAGUUUUGGUGGAUAUAAAAAUUAAAACAUGUAUAAUGAUAUACAUGUUUAUCUCAAUUUUUUAUUUAUAAUGCAGAAAUUGGGGCUAUUUUCAAAUGUUACGUACUUUAAUCUUAAUAAAAUACUGAUUCAAUAGUUGAUAUUUUUUUUAUAAUUGUAAGUACCUAUUUUAUACUAUAAUUAUGUUUUUGUAGUUGAAUUAUAAUAUGUAAGACCUGUUUUGUUUAAUAUAAACUGUGCAGGAAUUUAAAAUUAUCCCUUUAACCGC